CUUUUUCUCAUAGUACACCCAGUCCCCCGAAUAGUCUCGCUCUCCCCUUGCUGCUGACAUCUCUUUCCCUCUCUCAACCCUCAGAACCCAAACACAGAGAUACAACAAAUACUCUUAUGCAUACAGAUACAUACAAUCUUGGUCUGUAAUAUUUGUGAAAAUUGAGGUCUGAUGAUGGCUGUAAUGAGCAGCCGGUGUUCCCACACUUCACACAUCACAGAGAUAAUUAUAACCAGCUUUUUUCGCCACAAAAUCUAAAACCCCCUUCUUUAAAUCCCAACAUCCAAAUAUAAAAUCCUGGUGGAUUUGAUAAAAAAAAAUAAAAACAGGAUUUACAUUGCAGUUUCUAGAAAAUUCCAUCAUUAUUCUGAUCUUGAAAAAUAAUAAUCCAUGGCGGCUUGGAAGGCGGUUCGUGGCGGUGCUGGUUCUAAUGUCAACAGUGAUUUUCUUGAAAGCCGGGAACUGAAAACUCCUUAUCAUGGGCAGCCUCUUGAUUCUAUACAAUUCUCUGGUUCUUCAUCUUCUUCUCUCCGCUCAAGAUCCAUGGUUAGUUUUGGAGGAACUGGCCCAUACAAUUCAGCCAGUUUAACUGUUCAUCCUUUUGAUCAAGAAGAUAAUGGAUACAAGUAUUUGGAUGAAUAUCUUAAUCAGCCAGAAAAGAAGAGGCGUCUAACGGUAGACCAAGUUGAGUUCCUCGAGAGGAGCUUUGAGGCAGAGAAUACACUUGAACAAGGAAGGAAAAUUCAGCUUGCCAAGGAGCUCGGUUUGCAGCCUCGGCAGAUUGGUAUAUGGUUCCAAAAUCGCCGGGCACGAUGGAAGACUAAACAGUUGGAAAUAGAUUAUGAGACAUUAGAAGUGAGCUAUAACCGCCUGAAAACGGAUUACGAUAAUCUUCUCAAGGAGAAUGAGAAACUAAAAGCUGAGGUUCUUGUCCUUGUGGACAAUAUUCUUGUUCGAGAUCAAGGGGACGGAAACUCACCAUCAAGCGAUAACCAAAAACUGCCUGAAGGGUCACGGAAAGAAGCCAUUUCUGAUACAAUUUCUGAAGACGAAGAAUCCAAAGUGUCAAUGGUGGCCUUAAGGAGUGAAGAUCUAAGCUCAGCCAGAAGUGAUGAAAUAGAUGGCCCCCAUAUUGCUGAUGCAAUUCACUCUUCACACAGUUUCAAGCCUGACCGUUCGGAUUUAUCUCAGAGUGAAGAUAACUGGAAUGAGGAAUUACUUCGACCUGCUUUCACAUCUUCAGGGAUUGGCGAUACUGAUUAUCCUGGUGUGUCUACAAAUUCUUGUUACUUUGGAUUUCCAGUUGAAGAUCAAGCCUUUGGUUUCUGGUCAUAUUGAGAACUUUUGGGUAUAUUUCUACGUUAUCUUUCUUAUCUCAAGUUUUUUGUGAUAGUAUGUUGAAUAUAAGCAAUAAAGCCAAUCGAUGGCACUCAUAUCAAGCCCUUGUAUGAUUGAUUGUGAACAGUUAAAACCUGUUCCCUACUCCUGCGUAUUCUUCUUUUGUCUUGAAAUCUUGUUGAACUUGGCUCGUUUGGAAUGUAUACGAUGACUAAAUUAAUGUUAAAGUUCGUAAAUUAUCUUGUUGGAA